CUAUUUUUUCUAUGUCAAUAGAUAUUAUUCAUUCAGAGAGUUAUUAUUAUCAUCAUUAUUUUUUACAAACCAAACAGAAAUUUAGUUAAAAACAAUAAUUAAAUUAAAAAGUAAAUAAUCUAUAGAAAACUAUUAAAAAUGAAUUAAAAUUCAAGAGAUAAGUAUUUAUCUUUUAUGAAAUCUUCUGCUGAAGAUUAGUACUAAAAGGAACAACAAUAAUUAAAAAUAAAAUAACAGUAAAAAUAAAAAAUUAUAAACCAUAGAAAUGUAGUAAUUUUUGGUACAGACGAUUAGAAAAAAUAGGUUGAGAAGAACCUAAAGAAUUAGAUUUAGCUAUAGUGUGAAAUCAAAAGACAAAUUGAAUCAAAAGAUAAAGAGGAAUAGCGUAAAAAUACAGGAAUCGAUAGCAUUACAAAUAUGCAAAGAGAAAAUUAUAUAGAUAACCAGUAUAGAAAUCAGAUGUUGAAAUAAAUUCAGAGAGAAAAUAAGAUUCUCGCUUAGGAAAAGCAAAUUAAACAAUAAAAUGAAAAAAGAGAAAAUUAGAUGUACAAUUAAGAUAGAUUUUUAGAUUACUCAAAAAGAAAUUAAUAUUUCUUUUGA